AUGCCGAACAGAGGCCCCACUCUGAUCAAUCAUGAACAAGUGGAAGCUGACCGCGGUGACUACAUAGUUCCUCCUCCUCCGUCCGACCCUGCGACUCCCAGCGAAAUGGGUCCCGGCACUCCGAAUUCCACAACCACUUCCCUCUCCGCCUUGUCUGUUGUAGCCAUAAAAGAUGGCGCAAUGGGUCACGGUGGACGAGGAGCCGCAACCUCAGCCAACACUCUUGAAGCUGAACGAGCCGACCGUAUUUCACGUCUUGCUGGUCUUGAGCGAGUUGCUACCUCUCGACCAACCCCACUUGGACACCUAGCUCCAGGAUCAGGCGCAUAUGGCCCAGGAUUUGACAAUGUCCCCCAGUUCAAGGAGCGGAGCACAGUCGGGAGCGCCAGUGCAACGGGUAGUGUCGGUGGUAGGACAACAUGGGCGAGUGGGAGUAUUGACUACGACGCAGACAAGAUGAGCGAGGAUCAGGAUGAUGGCGUCUCAAGUACAGGUGGCUUCAGCGACGAGGACAAGGCCAGUCUCGUUGGAUUUGGUGAAGGAGCAGGGAGCACAGUCAGCGGUCCAGUGUCGACGCCUUACAACACCCGCGCCUCUGGCUCUCGAGCAGGCGCUAAUGCUAACGUGCCUUCAACUCCACGAACGGGUACCGUUCCCACAUUUGGAUCAGGGCAGAGCACUCCGAUGAGUGGAAUUACACCGAGUGCUGCUGCUGGAAGUACAGAUCCGAAAAUGAUGGAUGGGAUGAGUUACGAUCAGAACAUCAUCGACACGACGAUGCAGCCAGCCCCGCCAGUGGAUCUGCCUUCUCAAGGGAAUCGAUUCUCAGGAUUUGGUACGGAAAUGGCCGAAGGAAUCAUGCGUGAUCGAUUGGCUGAUCUGGACCACCCCCAGCAUCCUUUGGGAACGGCGGAUGGUCAGAUUCUGGGCAAGUUUCCGUUUGAAAAGGAAUAG